GUAUAAAUUAGUACUGUCAGCGGACGAAGUGCAGAGCGAAAAAUCGAUUGAUUUUCAUCCGUCGUAAUCCCGCAGCUAGUAGUAAGAAUCCUUUCUGUGGCCGUUUGACCGGAGUUGCCGUGUUGUGAUCAACCCUCCCGACAGAAAAAGUGGACCGUUUGCGUAGUCGAAAUCCACCUAGCCUAGCAAAUCGCGUUCGUGGGUGGUGGUGACGGCUUUUUGCGGAUUGCAAAUAUUGUGUGAAGUGAAUUUUAGGGCGUCAAAAGAAGUGAUUAUCAUCAUCGUUCGCCUACUCCGAUUGGCGACAUUGCUGCUGCUUCUGCUGCUGCCUGCUACUUUUCUCCACCGAGCGAGCGACAGUCAUUCAUAUAUUAUUUUCAACGCAUCGCAGACCGCUGGGUGGGAAGGAAAAAGUGCCCACGUCGAAAGUAAGAAGAAGAGCGUUUUCCUGUGUGCUCCGCUGGAUGUAAGUUUUGAUCUGUUAUCAGAUAAUUGAGCUAAAUUCUUCUUUUCACUGACGACGACGACGACAACGAGUGGUUGGAUCGGAAGUGCAGCGCCAGCGGAUGUAACUUCGGAAGGUAGUGCAUUGCGGUUGUGUGGCUUGUGUUCCCGGAUGUGGUGAAGCAUCGGGAAACUACAGCCGGGUAAUUGAAGGAAAUUUGUUGGAUUGGAAGUAGUCCAAAAAGAGUAAAUUCUAACGGUGACGGACGAAUUCGAAAUAAGUUUCCGUAGAGAAGAAAAUAUUCGAAGGUUCUGGGACAAGAGACAGACACUAGUGGAAAUAGCUGUUCGCCAAAAUGGCACCAGUUCGCGGAGACGGAAUGCGCGGCUUAGCCGUGUUUAUAUCGGACAUACGAAACUGUAAAAGCAAGGAAGCGGAAAUCAAACGCAUCAACAAAGAACUCGCCAAUAUUCGGAGCAAAUUCAAGGGUGAUAAAACGCUGGACGGUUACCAGAAGAAAAAAUAUGUGUGCAAACUGCUGUUUAUAUUUCUGCUUGGCCACGACAUCGAUUUCGGCCAAAUGGAGGCGGUCAAUUUGCUGUCCUCAAACAAAUACUCCGAGAAGCAGAUUGGUUACCUCUUCAUUUCGGUGCUGGUCAACACGAACAGCGAUCUGAUCAAACUGAUUAUCCAGAGCAUUAAGAAUGACUUGCAAUCACGUAAUCCGAUUCACGUUAACCUGGCGCUACAGUGCAUCGCCAACAUCGGUAGUCGUGACAUGGCCGAGGCCUUUUCGACAGAAAUUCCCAAAUUGCUGGUCUCGGGAGAUACGAUGGAUGUGGUGAAACAAUCGGCUGCUCUCUGUUUAUUGCGAUUGUACCGCACCUGUCCGGAUAUCAUUCCCGGUGGAGAAUGGACCAGUCGAAUUAUUCACUUGUUGAAUGAUCAGCACAUGGGAGUUGUAACGGCGGCAACCAGUUUAAUCGAUGCUUUGGUGAAAAAGAAUCCCGACGAGUACAAAGGAUGUGUUAGUUUGGCCGUUUCCAGAUUGUCUCGUAUUGUUACAGCUUCCUAUACCGAUCUGCAGGAUUAUACAUACUAUUUCGUUCCGGCACCGUGGCUUUCGGUGAAACUUCUACGUUUGCUACAAAAUUACAAUCCACCAACGGAAGACCCCGGUGUGCGAGGUCGUUUGAACGAAUGUCUCGAAACCAUUUUGAACAAGGCUCAGGAACCACCAAAGAGCAAAAAGGUGCAACAUUCCAACGCAAAGAAUGCAGUUCUAUUCGAAGCAAUCAACUUGAUCAUACACAACGAUAGCGAGGCUAAUUUAUUGGUACGAGCUUGCAACCAGUUGGGUCAGUUUUUGAGUAAUCGUGAAACUAAUCUGCGCUAUUUGGCCCUCGAGUCGAUGUGCCAUUUGGCUACCUCGGAGUUUUCCCACGAAGCGGUUAAGAAACAUCAGGAGGUGGUCAUUCUUUCGAUGAAGAUGGAAAAGGAUGUAUCGGUGCGUCAGCAGGCGGUUGAUUUGCUUUACGCCAUGUGCGAUCGUACCAAUGCCGAGGAGAUCGUACAGGAAAUGUUGAAUUAUCUCGAAACGGCUGACUACUCUAUACGUGAAGAGAUGGUGCUGAAGGUGGCUAUUCUAGCGGAGAAAUAUGCCACAGAUUUCACAUGGUACGUGGAUGUGAUUUUGAACCUGAUUCGCAUUGCUGGUGAUUACGUUUCGGAAGAGGUUUGGUAUCGUGUCAUUCAGAUAGUGAUCAACCGGGAAGAGGUUCAAGGCUAUGCUGCAAAGACAGUUUUUGAAGCCUUGCAAGCACCAGCCUGCCACGAGAAUAUGGUUAAAGUAGGUGGUUACAUUUUGGGCGAAUUUGGUAAUCUGAUUGCAGGAGAUUCUCGAUCCGCUCCGAUGGUUCAAUUCAAGUUACUUCAUUCAAAGUAUCAUUUGUGUUCGUCGAUGACAAGAGCUCUGCUGCUUUCAACCUACAUUAAAUUUAUCAACUUAUUCCCGGAAAUUCGCACCACAAUUCAAGACGUUUUCCGACAACACAGCAAUCUCAGGUCCGCUGAUGCUGAAUUGCAGCAGAGGGCCAGCGAAUAUCUGCAGCUGAGUAUUGUCGCCUCAACGGACGUGCUGGCAACGGUGCUAGAGGAAAUGCCAUCCUUCCCGGAACGCGAGAGCUCCAUUUUGGCCGUACUGAAGAAGAAGAAACCUGGUCGGGUGCCGGAGAAUGCGGAAAUUAGAGACAACAAAAGUCCGGUGCCAAACGCCCACAAUGCUCAUAGUGCUCAAAAUAACCAUAUUUCAGGAGUAAACAACGCAAAUACCAGUUCGGAUCUUCUCGGUCUGAGCACACCGCCAGCCUCGCAAUCACAGACAGGAACAUUGAUUGACGUCCUUGGAGAUAUUUACAGCACUGCAAAUGGCAAUAGCGGUGUUAUCAAUAAUUCAAAAAAAUUCGUCUUCAAAAACAAUGGCGUUCUGUUCGAGAACGAUCUGCUACAAAUCGGUGUCAAGAGCGAAUUCCGACAGAAUCUGGGCCGCCUUGGGCUGUACUAUGGCAAUAAGACGCAGACGGUACUGCAAAACUUUGUCCCCACGCUGCAAUGGUCGGCGGAAGAUGCGCUCAAGCUGAACGUUCAGAUUAAGGCAGUCGAACCAACACUGGAAGCCGGUGCUCAGAUCCAGCAGCUGCUGACGGCGGAAUGUAUCGAAAACUAUUCCGGUGCACCGUCGAUCGUUAUCAGCUUCCGAGUGAGUGGUGGAGCACCGCAGAAAAUUACCGUCCUGCUGCCGUUGACCAUCAACAAGUUCUUCGAACCGACCGAAAUGAAUGCCGAGUCGUUCUUCGCGAGGUGGAAGAAUUUGGGAGGCGAACAGCAACGGGCGCAGCGUGUUUUCAAAGCACAACAACCGCUCGAUCUGCCCGGAGCACGAAACAAGCUUAUCGGGUUCGGCAUGCAGUUGCUGGAAGGAAUUGAUCCAAAUCCGGACAACAUGGUGUGCGCCGGGAUCAUCCAUACCCAAGCUCACAAGGUCGGCUGUUUGCUUCGUCUCGAACCGAACAAGCAAGCACAGGUUUGUAUGUUCCGUUUGACCAUCCGUUCCAGCUUAGAGAAUGUUACGCAGGAAGUCUGUGAUCUGCUUGUGGAUCAAUUUUAAGCGUGCGUAAUUUAAACGAUUGUGUAAAAUCAGACAAAAACACAGAUGCGAUUGUUUUGACCGAGGGAGAGUUCGUUUCGUUUCAUUUUGUUGUAAAUUAUGCUGGUAGCAAUGUUGUCUAGUGGUAGGAAAUUUUUCGUUCGGGUAGUGAAAGACCAACAUAUAAAUACCUAAUUUCGACUGUCCCUAUCGUAAGGCGAAAGUACGAGAAAGACGUGGGAUCAUUCGUCUUAAAUACACGCAGAGAAAUGGAAAUUAAAUUCUUAAAUAAACCGCUUGGAGUUCUUAUCAAGCACCCAUAUGACUAUGUUUUUUUACAGUGCACUACACCGGUAUAGUCGGUGCUAGCUUCAUUCAAAUGUUUCAAUGCUUCAUGAGCUGAAUAUAUUGAAAAAAAGAGUUGUUUUUAAACGAGAAAAAACAUUUUUAAGUCUGUCCUUGUUGAGAAUUUGCGAUGUAAUGACAAAUUCUCUUACGUGUUUCAGAAAAUAAGGUUGCUAAGAUUGUAGCAUUACAACUAUAAACAACUUUUAUGGUAGCCGUGGUUACCGAUUAGUUCAACACAAUUGUUGAUUGUCAGGGGUUGUUACAAAAGACGUAGUCGGCGGUGAUACAGCUAACGACGGAAAAUUCUAUGGAUUGAAAUUGUUUGAAAUUGUUUGAUUCGUUUGUGAAGAGCGGUGUUCAGUCUCACCAGGUGUUUCUUCAUUAGUGAUUCCAUGGAUGUAUUUCGUCCUUUCCGUUAGAAAUUGUGGCAUUUUCCGUUUGUAACAAGAUUGAAAGUCAACUUGUUCAGUUAAUCUAAAAACAGUAUAUUUAUUCCUAAUUGUAAUAUUUUUUCAACAGAAUUCUUGAAUAAUAUGACAUUUCUCUGCGUGUAUGCUCACCUUUUUGUUUUAUUUUUUGGUUCUGAUAGACCCAGUACUAUAGUGUUGCGUAUUAUAAUCAACGACCAUGCGUUUGCGACUGAUUCUGAUCACUUAUACAUAACUUAUGUAUGUUAAAUCUUACCGAUAAAGCUACUUUAAUAUAGGCGGCAAUAUAGGAAACAGUUAAUAGGGACAAACCACGAUGUCGGAUUGCCGGUGAGAGUAUAUAUAGAUAAUCAGCAACUGUUAGAUUUAGCAUCAGCAUUUUGUCUAAGCUCUCGUCGUACUCCUCUGCUCUGGUAACAUCAAUAAUACGGUUAUACUGGAAAUGUAUUAAUUCCUCAAAGGUCAGUAUAAUUUUUUGAUAGUAGAAAAGCACUUACAUUUCUUGCGUUCGAAUAUUUGUUCUCCAGUUACUAACACGUUUCCGAAAUAGCAUUUUAAUUUCAGAGCCUGCUGUGCUUGAACCAGUUGUCGCAUGAUUUCGGAGAUUUUUCCUUGUGCCAUGUUGGACCAUAAUGUGGGAUAUCAAAUGAUUCUUGUCAUUUCAUUAAGUAAACCUUUUUCAUUUGCAUUUCAUACUGCAGUAGGUAGCACACGAUAAUAGUGGGGUUUUCAGAUACCGGACAAGUUCCUUCAGAAUUAUUUUCAGGCCAUUAUCGUUGGUGUUAAGAAAACAUACGACGCGGAUCGUUAAUACUCAUCUAUCUUUUGAAUGAUUAUGAAUAAUUAAGUUCCUAAAACGAUCAGAGAUAAUAUGGCCAAAUUUUGGUUGCCAACUCAUUUCUAUUGAAGUGAAGCAAAAAAAAAAAAUAGAUUCCCCAGACAAAAAAUCAAAUUAAUCUAAAAUUGAUGAUCACGAACAACUACAGCAAACAGGUCGAGUCGGAGAAGAAUGCGGCACAUAUGCGGUUCAAGAAACAGGAAUUUAAGAAAACAAAAUGGUCUCAGGAGCGUACAAAAUAAUUUGAGUUAGCAACGAAGAUCCCGCGAGUAUGUUUGCAGCAAAUGAAUGCUUGUGAAGGGAUCCGUAUUACCUCCAGUGAUUCAAUGACGGCAACAGUAUUUGUAGGGUGGCAAGUUUAUUGAGUCACGUCAACCGCAGAGCGCACCUUAAAAGUUUUCAUUGAACACAUUCAAACCUAACGGUCCAGUUAGCACGGUAACAGCGGUAGAUUCCUGCAAUGAGCGUACAAGCGAGCAUUACAAUGAUCUUAGGUAUAAUGGUUCUCGAAACUCCGUCGCAAUUUUUUAGAAUCAAGUCCAGUUUUCGGUUUACUUUCGACAGAAUAUCAUCGUAGCGAUGUCUAAGAACCAUUUCACGAGUCAGAGUAAUGUCUCGAUCCUUAAUGUACUCUUGCGUUGGAGAGCUUAUGCAAACUUGCUAAUCGUAUAUUUGAUCAUUUUCGUAUCAUCCGCAUAAAAGAAACGAUAGCUGCUCGAUGGUAGCAGCAAGGAGACGUCUUUUAUAGAAAGCGAGAACAGUAACAGACCGAGGUUUUUGUCUGUCUUGGAACUUUGAAACGGUUGGGGAACGAUUCCGAAGUUUGUCGAACCGAUUUUAAACUGCACAGAAUGGUUCGUCGAGUAUGACCAGAAUCUGAACUACACCCAGCACUGAGAUGCCGAGUCGUCCCAAUUUCUGAAGAAGACCUCCAAUGCUAUCUGGAGAUCCUACAUACAUCCCAUCGAUUUGCCAUGUUUUGCAGGCAGUUCGAAGUAAACUGCACAAUGUUAGUAGAUCGAUUUGGAAAAAAACAUGUUUCUCACUAAUAUUUCAGUGGACAAACAGAAGGUCGUUCACAAUUGUUUUGAACAGACGCAUUAAAAAGGGAUUCCUCGUCAAUUGGAAACAAUGGGCGGAUGGCCAUUUUUUUGGAAAUCAGGUGGUCACUUUUUUGCCCUGUGAUUUAACGUCUAAUACCGUGAUCAGUCCAUCUCGACGCCUCGGUGUGUUGGGAGGGUGUACGGUGCUGCUCGAAAGUCAACCGAAGAGCCAACCUUAUGUUUAUGGUGCAGUUUGUUUUUAUUGGUGUGUUUAAAUUUGUAGUUUAGUUGUUUUGAUGAAUUGUGUUAUUUGUGUAAGGUCACUUUUUAUAUUUUGCGGCAGAAUUUUGCUUAGGAUUCAAUUCCAGCCGAGAUCGUUGAGAUUUUUCUGAGUUGAAAAAAUCUGUGGUCACGUCUUGCUUCGGAAGGGAAGUAAAAGUCAGUUGGUCCCUGGUCCACGAGUCGAUGAAUCGAUAUCUAGUCCAGAUAGUGGAGUCUCACUCCUCUGGCGUCGGUAAAGAAGAAGUAGAAUACAACUUCUAUAUAAUUAUCCGCCUCCCGUGAUACUUGUGGAGUGCGCAGUAGUAUAUACGGCCUCUUGCAAAAGCAAGUAUCGGACUAGCAGAACUCCACUCUGUGUUUGUUGAAUUUUGGGCAUUGGUAGAGUGAAUGGUGAAAGUUUUCUUGCACUUCCACAUGUUUCGCAUAGAUCGACGGAUUCCCAACCCCAUCGCUUAAGUCGAUCCGCGGCAAGGGUGUGCCCCGAACAGAUUCGGUUUAUGAUUCUCUUCUGUUCUUUUGCCAGGGUUAGUUCGUGGCGGUGGCACCAAAUCUUUUUCCCUGGUUCUUUCAUGGCAUUUUUUUCUUUGAAGAUUUCUUGGUAUUUUCUGGUCCAUCCGUCCAAAUGUCUUUUUCUGUAAGCUUCAGGGUAAGUGAAUUGUAUACUGCUCCCGUGUCUGCUCUUUCAUUUCCGGCUAUUUCUUGAUGGCUUGGCAUCCAUUGAAUCCUGAUGUCCUUGGCUUCGAAUGCUCUUAUCUCUUCCCAGAUCAUCGCUGGCAGCUGGUUUUCGUUUACAAAUAAGUCAUUCAAUUAUGUUUGGCAUGCUCCGGAGGAGUCCGUUAUAAUGAUUGGCUUUGGCGCAUUCCUUCCUUGUGAUCAUCCUUACGACGUGUACGAUACCUAGCAGUUUCGCGUUGCUAAUGGAGAAAUUGUGAUUGAUCUGGAAACUUUCUACCUGAUGAUCCGUCGAAUCGUACGUUGCUGUUGGUGUUUCUAGUGGAGAUUUCGAGCCAUCCGUAUACAGUAGGUGGAAUCCCGUGUAUUUUUCCGCCAAGGUUUGCAGGAAUUUUUGUUUCCACUUUGUUUUUCUGUUCCCUAAAGAACUUGCUAGUUAUCUUUGCUUAGUCGCAUGCAUGUCUUUCUUUGGUUCUUUGGGUGUAGUUGGCUGAUGACAUCGUUGUAUUUACUGAUAUUGUCGUCGGAAAGGAACCAACCGACAAACGGUUGCAUUUUAGUAAGUUUAGCAUUUCGAUGCUGUCCUUAACGUGAAUUUGUCCGGCUUCAGUCAGUAUUACGUGCAUCGGCGUCGUUUUCGGGAAGUACAUCACGGAUCUGUGGUAGGUGCGCCGUAGAUUUCAGCUCCGUACUCCGUUUUGCUACUGAUGAUGGCAUUUCCAAUCUUCACUAGGUUGUCCGGGCUUGCGUUGCAGUGCUUUUGGCCUAGUAACUUAAUUGUACUGAGUUUCGCCGUCCCUUGGUUUGUGACCUGCUCGAUGUGCCUCCUGAAUGUAAGGGUCCUAUCCAAGGUGAAACCCAGGUGCUUGUGGGUGUUGUUGAUCCUUAUUGUUUCUUGCCCGACUUUAGUCUCCAGUUUUUCGUAGUUUUUAUUUGAGAAAUCGAUUGCUGCAGUUUUUUGUACGUUGAGUUUGAAGUUCAUAGCGCUGAAUGCCGUGCCUAGAUUCCCUUCUAGGUUUGCGUCUGUGGCCAAUACGGUGAAAUCAUCUGCGAACUGGACUAGUUCGCAAUCCUCUACCACCAUUUUGCAGUAUUUCUGUAUGGAGGUCGAACAGCAUUGAGGAAAUCGGGUAUCGUUGUGGGAGUCCUUCACUCGUUAGUACCGUUGUUGUAUUGGGUUCUGUUAUUAGGAUCAUUUUCCUCCUGCUUAGGUACGUGUGUAGCCAUCUCAGAAGCUUGUUUGGGAUUUCGGAGCAGGCCAGUACUUCCAUAAGGUUGCUGUGGUCUACCGAGUCGAAAUCUCCUGAUAGGUCUAGGUGCUUGUUUUCCUUCGACUUUGGUCUCUUUUACGCGAUGGACUACAUAGUUUACACAGGUGGCAGCCGAGUAGUCCUUCCUGAAUCCAAACGAAAGCUUGGGUAACAGCUUUUCCUAUUUCGCUAUUUCGUUUAGUCUGUCCUUUACGACUGUGUUUAUCAAUUUGAUGCCAGUUUCCUUGAGUCGCCUUUUGUCUUUUGAAUCGAUCGAACGUCCGUGAUUCUCCAGCGUUCGGGGAUUUCUUCCGUCUCGAUUACUUGGGUCAGCAUUUCGUACGCUUUGAGUUACAACCGGUGUUAAGACCUUUCAUUAAAUUCCUCCGCUAUCAGAGACGAUUAGAAUUUUUUAAGGUAUGGUGUUGUGCUUGUCAGUCGAUCUGAUGGCUUAUAUUUACCAUCAUAAUAGUGUUCAAUGAAAGCCACUCCUUCCUCUCUCUAUAAUUCGCUUUUUCCCACCACUGUUUUGUUAGUGCAACGUCCAGGCCUUUUAUUAUGGUGUUCGGCUGGGGUUGCUUCGUUUAUUUCCUUCGUUAGUUGUUUGCAGUAUUCCCUUUUGGGUUUGGCCCCUUUGCAGGGUGGAACGUCGUUGUUUGUUUUUAUAGGCAAUAUCUUCUGACCACAAUUUCUUCAGAUAGUUCGUUUUCUUGUUGUUGAUUGUGUACGUUACGUGUUUCAUGCACUCCUCGUAUAUAUCUUGCAUCUGCUCUGGGUUGCGGAUUUCGAUCGGGUGAAUUUUGUUCAGUUCGUUGAUGACCUUUUUCAGAUUUACGUUGGUCGUCUUGCGGGGAAAAGCGGGAUCGAACUGCUUAAAGUUGUCAGUAUGCAGAGGUGGGAAUUUCCGAACUCCUGGUUGAUGAUCUUUCAGGAUGCCUUUCUGAUCAGUACUGGGGUUGCUGGGGUGAGGUCUGUUAAUGAACUCGCUCUGUUUAGACUCUGCUUGGUUAGACACGUUGUGCUUCCGUCGUUGAGCAAAAUUGGGUUUGCAGCGGCAAGGAGAUCAUUGAUGAGGUAACGAAAGGUAGUAAGCGGGACGAAUUAAAACGCGGCGGACUACAAAGGAAAGAAAAAAAUGGACUGUAUUUAAUCUGUUUUUAACAUUUUGUUUAAGCACGUUUUUUUCUCGACUGGUUUGUCUGACGAUUAUAUGAUUGUGUGUCGUGACAAAAAACGGUUUUUUUUAAAUUUUAUUUUAUGUUGGGAGCGCGCGGCGACGAUGGUUCAUCCGGUCGUGUGAGGAGUAAGACCUCGAACGAAAGUCUGGUUGAGAGCAGAAUUGAACUGCGCGCGAACAUCCACUCGGCCGUUGAGGCGAAUGCCUCAAUCCAGGGGGAGUGGAACUAGCUUGUGCACCGGUCGCUGAUAUUCAUUUUGUCCUCGACGUACAGUGACAGUGCGAAUGACACCGUAAUGAUCCGGAUGGGUGGUGACAAUCCUGGCAAGUUCCCACGUCGCGGGUGAUCUGGUCUCAUUUUUAAUAAUUUUUAAUAAUUUUUAAUUUUUAAUAAUUGUCCGGAAUCUAGAUUCUGUUGUACUGCCUGCCACUUGUUUCUAGGUUGUAGUGUGGCAACAUAUUCGUCCCUCCAUCGUGUCCAUAUCUCAUCAACGCAACGUUGAAUGCGUUGCCAUCUGUUUAGGCGGCCUUCUUGGAUUUGGCUGAUAUUUGGCUCUGGCAGCAAGUUUAGAGGUUGAUUAAUGAUGAAGUGCCCUGGAGUGAGGGCUUGGUAGGAGUCCGUCGAUAUGGAGAGUUGACACAAAGGACGUGAAUUCGAACACGCCUCCACUUGUGUUAAUCACCUCGAAAGGUCCUCGUACGUCAACAUUGUGUUUUUAAGAGUCGCUCGGAGAUGCUUCUUCGUGCUCUUCACCGCCGCCUCCCAAAUUCCAACCUUUUUUUUGGGGGGGGGUGGGCCAGCGGGAGUCCAUUUUAAGGUCAGACAGAUACUGACUUACAGCAUGGUUGAACUCGGGUGAUUGCAGAUGUUCCAGGAUGAUUCGGUCUGCACUCACAAAAUUGGUUCCGUGGUCAGACCAGAUUUCACUACAAAGUCCGCGUCGGCCACAGAAGCGUUUAAGAGCUGCUAAGAAAGCGCUUGUGGACAAAUCCGAAACUGCCUCAAGGUGAACUGCCUUUGUUGCGAGGCAAACAAAAACAGCCACAUAGCCCUUUAUUGUUUUUGCUGUUCGUAGAUUGGACGAGCGGAGAAAUACCGGGCCCGCUUAAUCCACACCACAGUGUAUGAACGGACGAGCUGGAGUCGUCCGGACUGCAGGCAAACUUCCCAUUAAUUGCGUUGCAGUUUUCCCCUUCAUUCGACAGCAGUGCGUGCAGCUCGCCACACAAAGGCGCACCACCGCUUGGCAGCUUACGAUCCAGUAUCUCUGGUUUAGCGUUGCGAUCAUCAAAUUUGGCCCUGCGUGCAAAUUUCGAAGAUGAACCUCUGACAGUAGCAGGUUGGUAUAUCGGCGUUCCUUGGGUAAAAUCACUGGAUGGCGAACGUCGUACGGUUGGCUGAAAUUUUAAAGUCGACCACCAAGUCGCAGAGUGCCGUCAGCGUCGAUGAAAGGAAAUAAUGUUCUCAGCUUACUAUUGCCCGGAAGAGGGAGGUUCUUCAUCAGACUACUUAUUUCCUCUUUAAAGCAAUCUUGUUGGGCUGCUCGCGCCAGUUGCAAACAUGAGUCAUUGAUUUCCUUCGGAGUCAGUGGUCCCUCCACUCGGGUAGUACCGUUUCGACGAGCCAAGCCGUUUUGUCGCAUUCGGUUAAUCUAGCACAAAAUGCGCCGAAUAUGCGCCAAAUUUGAAUAACGAUUGAGCAGGAAUGUCAGUGUUGCAUGGUCUCCCCUGGCAGGUGGUGUAGCACUGACGAAUAGACAAAUCACCGUCGUCCGUUUUUCUAGUAGGUGCUCCUCAUCAAUCGAACGUACAGAGCGUACUGACCACCUGUCUUUCGUUUCAGACAGCCAGCCCGGGCCCCUCCACCACAAUGGAUGUAUCAAUAGUUCUAAAGGUGUGAUGCCUCGUGAGGCGCAGUCAGCAGGGUUAUCUCUUGACGACACAUGGUGCCAACGAUUUCUCGGAAGGUGCUCCAAGAUCUUAGAAGUGCGAUUGGCCACGAAUGUCUUCCACUUUUUCGGUAGCGACGAAAGCCAGUGGAGCACGAUCUCCGAAUCGCUCCAAGCAAACAACUCUACUUCUAGAUGUGAAAAUGACUCCAACACCAUCAUCAAUUCGACAAGUAGUUCGGCUGCCAUCAGCUCUAAGCGUGGCAGUGAAACCUGACGAAUAGGAGCUACUCGAGUCUUGGCCGCCACUAGAUUCGUUUCAAUCCUUCCAUCUUGGUCAACCGAGCGUGCGUAGACGACAGCAGCAUACGCGGCUUCAGACGCAUCUGCAAACCCAUGGAGUUGCAGUUUUCCUUCAGAGUGUGGAAUCCAUCUCUUGAUUCGAGUCCUCCCAAUGUGAUGCAGCGUUUCUUUCAAAGUAAUCCACUCCUCCAAAAUGUAGGCUGGAAGUGGGUCGUCCCAAUUCAUGUCAUAGAGCCAUAGGUGUUGAAACAAUAUCUUUAUUCGUAUGGUAACCGGUGCGAUCCAGCCGAAUGGAUCGAAAAACUUCGACGAAUCGGGUAGUAACUGACGCUUAGUAUUCGCGCUGUCGAUGUCGAAGGUGAUUUUGAAGGUGAAUGUGUCUUCUUGAGGAGUCCAUUUGAUACCUAAAGCCUUGACGGAAUCAUCCUCUUGUGCUAAGUUCAACGGAAUCGGUUCAUCUGUUGUAACAUCGUACUCCAAAAGUUGCGGUACGUUUGAGCACCACUUUCGCAGAACAAAACCACUGCUUGCCAGAACUUCAGUGAUGUCGCUGCGAGGAAACUUUGCUUCGUCGAUGGAAUCCGCCCCGGAAAGCAAAUCAUCCACAUAGAAAUUUUUCAGAAUCCGCUCGGCUGUCAGCGGGUGUGAUUCUUUGUUGUCCUGAGCGACUUGUUGCAAGGCAGAUAUGGCUUGGUACGCUGCGCUCGCCGUACCGUAGGUAACGGUCAGCAAACGAUAAUGUUCUAGAGGUUGUUCCAGAUUAUCGCGCCGCACCACUCGUUGGAAAUCGCAAUCUUCCUUGCUAAUAUGCACUUGCCGAUACAUCUUUUCUAUGUCGGCACAAAAUGCAAUCUUGUACGUACGCCAGCGGGAGAGUACGUUGAAGAGCGGCUCGUUCACAUUUGGUCCCACUAGCAGACGAUCAUUCAAUGACACUCCGGAAGCACUCCUGCUCGAGGCGUCGAACACGACACGAAGUUUCGUCGUCAUACUGUCCAUCUUCCAGACAGCGUGAUACGGAAGGUAGUACGAUUUCUCCGGUGCGACUGCCACCUCGCAUGGUGGUACUUUCUCCAUGUGACCGAGAGCUACAUACUCAGCCAUAAACUCUUGGUAGUGUUGUUUUAGUUCUGGAUCGAUGCUGAAUUUUCUCUCCAUUGCUUUGAACCGCCGGAUGGCAGCAUUGGCCGAUUCGCCCAGUUCCGGCUUGGUACGGUCGAAGGGUAAGCAAACUACAAACCGCCCUUCUUCGUUCCGGGAUAUGGUGGAUUAAAAAUGCUCAGCAGCACGAAGCUCGUCUGGGGUGAGCUGCUUGGUUUUAGGUACCUCUUCCACUUCCCAGAAUUUCCGUAGUGUUUGGUCCAGGUUGAUUGUUGUCGUUAAGCCGAGUACCGCACGGCGUUUGUUGGUAUCCGAUGUGUUGAAAUGACCACCAACCAGGUAGCCAAAAACGGAAUUCUGUGCUAUUGGUAUGCCUCGCCCGUCAUACAGUUUGCCCGGUUCUAGGAUGGAAAAAAGAGCUUCUAUGCCCAACAGAAGUUCGAUCUUACCGCACUAUCGGUCAAAGCAGUAGUAUCGAUGUCAAACUGUUGACUCGGUUGAUCCGGAACCAGAUGAUUUAAAAUUAAGGCAUCCACCACAAUGACGAUACGAUCGUCGAAUCGUGAUAUUUGCAGCGUGACUGCACCAGAUGUCUUGCUGGGUUUCCCGUUGGUGAUACCCUUCACAAGAAUGUUAGCAUUGCGUCUUUCCAGGCCAAGACGUUUGAAGGUUUGAUGGCUGAUCAGUGAGCACAUGCAAGCAGAGUCGAUCAAUGCACGUACUUCGUGGAAGACGUUGUUUUUACCCAAUACCUUAAUUACAGCCGUUGGCAACAAACUAAGAAAGUUCACAGCGCAGCUAGUUUUGAGAUUCGUGACGUAAGCUGCUACAGAAUCCGCUUGUUUCACUUCUUCCACCUUGGUUGACUGUUGAUUCUUCACAGUUGCUGAUUCUUCGCGGACCUGGCCGGAAUCCGAGGGAGAGCUGCUACCACUUGUGUAAAGCAUUGAAUGAUGCUUUUGUUUGCAUUGUUUGCACAGUCCCGCCGACGUACAGUUCCUUACAACAUGAGUAGCUUUCAGACAAUUGAAGCAGAGCUUGGUUCGCUGGAUCAAUUCCCGACGAUCAUUUACCGACAUCCUCUUGAAACUGGAACACUGAUAUAUAGUGUGAGCCUCUGAGCAUUGCGGACAGGGUUGCUGGGUGCUUGCGUGAAAGCUUUGGAUUGUUCUGCUUAUCUUCGGAUCUUGGUUAGCUCUUCGAUCAUGUUCCUUCUUCAUUGUGGUGUCAGUUCCCUUCUUGUAGAAGGACGCACAGGUCUCAAUUGCAUCGCAUCUUCGCUCGAGGAACCUGACAAAAUCUUGGAAGCUAGGAUAAUCUUCAUCGACUAGCUUUUGGGCCCACAACGAACGGCUUUCACGGUCGAGUUUCUCCAAUAACAGAUGAAUUAACCACGGAGCACGACUCUCGUACUCUUCGCCUAGAGCCUUGAGUUGACGCACAACUUCAUCCGAAGUAGACACAAGUUUGCGUAGUCCCACGAGAGAUGGCGCAUUAACCGAUGGUUGUUCCAUAAAUUCCUUGACAAGUGCAGCAAUAGUGUACUUCUUCUUGUCGUAGAACUCGUUCAACUUGUCCCAAACUUCCACGUAAUUAGCGUCGGUGAUAGUGAAAGUACUAACCAACUUUUUCGCAUCUCCUUCUAGGUGGGAAAGUAGGUACAGCAGCUUUAUGGAAUCCUUAAGGUUUUUUGAAUGUAUGCAGCUUUCGUAGAGAUCGUUGAAUGAGGACCAUUGUUUUCGGUCGCCCUUGAAGACCGGCAAUGUGAUGGUAGGCAAUCGCACCUCGAAUGGAAGUUGGGCUCCGGGUGCUUGAGCAUCGGCGAACGAUCGGGAAAGAUUUGCGGAACCAACUUGGCCAGCCAUUUGCGACAUAGUGUUAGGAGCUGCAGCCUGUGACGUCAUCAGAAUUCGUUGCGAAUCGAGAAGCAACUUGAUUGCCUCCUUCAGAUCGUCUGUUGGUUCGACGAUUGUUCCUUCACUGCUUCCGUGGAGGUUAUGUGCACUGAGUAGCGUGAUGUAGCGCCCCUUCACAUGGUAAUACAUUUCCUCGAAUUCCAACCGGUGGUUAAAAAUCGAGUUUAUUUCUUCGAGCGCUUCAGAGUGUUCCUCUACUUCAAUUUGCACUUUGUCGAAUUGUUCACAAAGAUCGGUAAGUUUAUGCAAACGCUCUUGGAUCUCGCUAGCAGGUGGCUUUCUUUUUUUCCACCUCACUGGAAUUCUUGUACUCCCAUUCCAUGCGCUCGUAAAGCACAUCGCGACGUUUCUGAAUCGCUUCCAUAGUGGUUUCGCAAAAUAUCCGGCGACGAAUGUCCAACGUCUUUCAACGAAAGAUAGUAAGCGGGACGAACUAAAACGCGGCGGACUACAAAGGAAGAAAAAAAUGGACUGUAUUUAAUUUGUUUUUAACAUUUUGUUUAAGCACGUUUUUUUUCUCGACUGGUUUGUCUGACGAUUAUAUGAUUGUGUGUCUAGUGAUGUCUUUUUUUACUCGAUUAACGCAAAUAAUCGAUUAGUUUCUAAAAUAAUCGAAAAAUCAAUAAUCGAUUACAAGCUUUCGGUAUAAUCGAGCAAAUCGAGUAGCUGCUAUCAAUUAAUCGAGAGCAUAAUUAAUGAAGGGUGGCAUUGAAAAUGGAAGUCGCAGGGCAAAAAAAUAUGACCAAACUUCUCCCAAUUUUUCAAAAUGUGUCGAGCGACCUUUUUUUUUUUGGUUGACAAACUAGGAUUUACUAAGUAAUCGAUUAUUGAUUUUACUCGAUUAUAUUGGUCGAUUAAUCGAAUGAAUUAAUCAAGCUCUCAAAAAUUAUUCGAUUAACGGAUAAUCGAUUAUUUGCAAAAAUCGGACAUCACUAUGUGUGUCGUGACAAAAAAAGGCUUUUUUAAUUUUAUUUUACGUUGGCAGCGCGCGGCGACGAUGGUUUGACAUCCGGUCGUGUGAGGAGUAAGACCUCGAGCGAAAGUCUGGUUGAGAGCAGGAUUGAACUGCGCGCGAACACCCUUUUUGGCACGGUUUAAUAUGGGGGUCCUAGCUUUGGUAGUAACUGUUCACCCCUACCAAUACUUCUCCUUGCAGAUCUUAGAGAACUUCGAAGAGGUCUUCUAUUUCGUCCAUACACUCCUUGUGUACGUCUUAUCCCGGAGAUACGUAGAUGGAUACAAACGUUAUAGGAUCGAAGCCUUUGAUUAUUUUGAUCCCAAUUGCAUCCACCGGUAGUAAGUUGUAGAAGGUGAUUGUUUCGUAUUCAGGACUUUAGUGGACACCUCCGUAUACAGCUUUCCAUAGCUCGGCAUUCGAAAGUGUUCCUCCUUUUUUAGCCAGAUCUCUUGCAGUAUGCCUGUUUGCUAUUACAGUUUCGGGUAUCGUGUCCGAAUUUAAGGCAACGCUGACACAAUAUGGUUCCCAGGGAAUUACGACUUAACUAAGAAGCGGCAGUCCGGAAAGUUUUUACUGUCUCCUUGAAGUGAACUACAGUGACAGUCGGGAUAGGUUUAAGCGUGCUCAUCUCUUCUCGUCAUCAGAUAUACAGCAGUCAGAAACAGCUUGGAACGGAGCUUGAUUUCAGCUUCGAUUGUCUUAACUUCGAAACUUGGUAUUCUCCUGUUGAUUAUACCGUGAAAGAAUGCGUGAAGUAUUCUGCCUUGGACAAGCUUGUGUCAAGAUUGGGUCCGCAGUCGUGCCAGGCCCGGUCACGAACUCGGUGUAGACGGGCGAUUGGUUGCAGGUCUACGUCUGUAUAUUCGCGAUGGAUCUCGCUGACCGUCCGUAACAGAAAGCAGUCAUCUCCGGCUGUCCGCUCCAAAAAUUCCAGUGCUCUUCUGGCGAUGGUGAGUGCAGGCGCCCAACGAAGGGGUAGGAUCCCGGCCUCCACGUAGGCCGCUUCUGCAGGCAUGUGGGGGAGCAAGCCAGAAGCAGUGCGGAUUGCUUCUUGAUAUAGGGGCUUAAAAUGUUGAUAAAACCUUCCAUAUUACAGGACGUCCACCCCGUCCAAUAUCUUGCUGUGGAUAAGUGCCUGGCUAAUAUUCAGCGCAGUGCGACGGUUGCAGCGCUUGUGGCGGGAACUGAUUGUUUUAUUUAGCCGCAGCCAGCUCCGGUACUCGGCUUUCAUCCGUCGAAAGUGUGGUAGGAAAGUAAGACGACGGUCUAUGGUUAUCCCCAGAAUCUUCGGUUCUUUGCGGUAGGGGACAAUCACCCCGUCCAGCAGUAUCGGCUCCCUGUUGUGAUAUGGUUUGUGUUGCAGCAGUGCGUAAUCAUGCUUUUAGUAAGAGACAUAUUAAAGCCGACUGAUGCAGCCCAUCGGCUCAUCGCACUUACGGCGGCUUGAAGUUUACGGCGGGUUCAUCUGGUGGUCCUUCCCAUCGCGACCAGCACGAUGUCAUCGGCGUACACGAAAACGUUGAUCCCCGCCGGUAGGCUGGCGAAUAAAGAGUUCAAGGAUACCAGGAACAGUGGGACCGCGAGGACUGACCCCGUUGUCCUCCGGAAAGGUGUCGGAUUGGGCACCUCCAAUUCCCGCCCGAAAGGUGCGUUUAGAUAGGUAGUCACUCAAGAAGUGGCCCAUGUUUUCAGUGAUGCUCCAGUUGGCCAGUUGUUGCAGUACUCUGUGACAGGACACGGUAUUAUAAGUCUUCGCCACGUCGAGUAUGGCGAUAUCGGCGUGCAGGCCAUCAGUUACGGAUUGACGCACCACCUCUUCAAAGCUUGCGAGAAAGGCACCUCCAGUAGGUCUAUCAGUCGUAUGUUGACCAUUCGCUCCAUCGUCUUAGCGAGGCAGGGGAGCAGGCUGAUUGGGCGGAAGUCAUCCGGCGUUCUGUUCCCCUGGCAGCGCUUUGGGACAGGAAUUACUAGAGCUUCCUUCCAUGAGGCGAGCAUCGGUUCACCACUCCAAAUGCGGUUAAUGCUGUCCAAUAUCGCCCGCUUGGCUACCGGUGGGGAAUGUUGCAGUAGGGGAUAGCCAACGUCGCCCAGUCCGGCAGACUUACCGUGUACCGAUUCCAGUGCCGCACGAAGUUCACUUCCGGUGAAAAGCUGGUUGUACACUUGCCCUCAAUCGAAUUCGAAGCUGUUUUCGGCAAGUUUAACAUUUUUUAUCAAAGUUGGAUUAGAUACCUCGAUUUUAUUAGUCGAGGUAAAACAACUACAGAUUCCGCUCGUUUUGCACUCCGCCAACAACACGAAUAGCGUUUGAUACACAUACACGUUUACUGUACGUGGAAUUUGUCUGACUCCACAGGAAAUCUUUCUUAUAUCUGAUGUUAGCAUUUUGGACUAAACGCGUAUCUCUCAACAUUAACGUCCGUCGCUUGUAAAGCAUAAAGGAGUUACUGGAAAAGACUUCAAUCGGUUCAGUAGUAGUUGGACCAGUCCACUACAAUGUGCUCCCUAAAAAUCUGGAGCUCCGUAGGAGGUUAACAGAAGCUGAAUUUUGCUACUACACCGGACAGAAAUAUACACGAUCUCCUGAACGUUCUACAUGGUGAAUCAAUAUUUAGCAUAAUCAGCCUUAUUCUGCAUUACGACGGAUCGCUUUUUCGAACGAAUAUGGUUCGAUCGAAGUAGGCCCCCAUUUGAUUUUGCUGUCGUUAUUGAGAAUGCAAAUCA